UUUGCGCUCACUAUAAACUCCAGCAUUUGCUUAAAGGUUCUCUUUCGCUGAACAACUUUUCACUAUUCACAAUUCAAUUGAGCCACGCUCUAUAUGUAGCUGUAGAGAUCUUUGACAUGCAUUCAUUGUGGACCACAAGCUGGAGUCACAUGCAUUCCCUUUUGGCGUAGAACUGUCUCAUGGAACUGCUUAUCGCAUCCGUGGGCUAUCGGCAGCUAUGUGUGUGUGACUAAGUAAUCGAGUGUGUGUGUGUGUGCGAGGUGUUGCCGCUGCCAAGUAUGGCGUUGCUCUGGCAACACUUACUCACUCACUCACUCGCUCAGUUGUCGGCGGGUGGUGCUAUGCUAUAUACUAUCAGGCAGAUGUCGCCGCUGAAGCCUUUGUUGUUGCUGCUGAUGCUGCUUGGUUGGCUGGGAUGUGCUGAGAUUGAGGCACGUUAUGUGCCCGGUAUGCCUAAUAUUUGCAUGAAGCCGCCGCCUUUCUCUGAGGGCAUGUGCACCAUUGAGAUCGAGGGCUUCUACUAUGAUCCGGCCACGCUCGACUGCCAGAUGUACUCGAUUGGCGCUUGCCGUCUGACGCCCGGCCAGAGCUUCGGCAGCCAGGAGGACUGCGUGGCGACCUGUGUGCUGGGCAAGCGUCGCAGUCCCGAUUACUAUAGAAAUGAAUGAGACUCUGAGACGAAUAAAUCGAAUCUUUUC